AUGUCUUCCAACAGAGCCGAAGUGGACCUCAACGUCAACAUCAAAAAGGCGACCAACACAGACGAGUCUGCGCCCAAGCGGAAACACGUGCGAGCAUGCAUUGUGUACACCCAUGACCACCGGUCGUCCAAGGCCUUCUGGAACGGCAUUCGAAUUCAGCCCCUGCAGACCGACGAUGUCAUGGUCUUCAAGGCCCUGAUCACCAUCCACAAGGUGCUUCAGGAGGGCCACCCAUCGGCGCUGAGAGAUGCCCAGGCCAAUGUCAACUUCAUCCAGUCGUUGGCUCGAGGAAACAACUACACUGGUCCUAACCAGGGCAACCACGGUUAUGGCAAGCUCAUCUCCGAGUAUGUCCGGUUCCUCAUGCAGAAGCUCACCUUCCACAAGUACCACCCGGCCUUCAACGGAAUGUUUGAGUACGAGGAUUACAUUUCUCUGCGAACCGUUAACGACCCCAACGAGGGAUACGAGGCCAUUAUGAACCUGAUGACCCUCCAGGACGGAGUGGACGACUUCCAGCGACUUGUCUUCUCGUCGCUGCAGCGAUCCCGAUCCAACGAGUGCAAAAUCUCGUCUCUGGUUCCCAUGAUUGCCGAGUCGUACGGAAUCUACCGGUUCGUCAUCUCCAUGCUGCGAGCCAUGCAUGUGUCUACUGGUAACGACGAGGCUCUUGAGUCUCUCCGGCAGCGAUUCUACUCGCAGCACGACCGACUGAGAGACUUUUACUACGAUUGCUCUACUCUCAAGUACCUGCGAUCCAUUGUGACUAUCCCGCAGCUCGGCAAGAACCCUCCCAACCUGCUUGAAGAGGAGGACGGACCUGGACUCCCCCAGCGACCCAAGUCCGUGGCCGAGACCCGAUCUGUGUCUCCAGAGCCCGCUCCCUUGCCUGUGGCGACUCCUACGCCCUCUAUUCCUGCUGAGGCUCAGCCGAUUGAGAACUUUUGGUCCCAGGACGCGCUGCUCGCCCAGCAACAGUACGACGCCGAGCAGGAGCGGCUACGGCAGCAACAGGCCAUGGAGGAGGAGCGCAUCCGGCAGAUGCAGAUGCAGCAGCAGCAGCAGUUUGAAAUGCAGCAGCGACAGCAGAUGGAAGCGCAACAGCGGGCUCAGGAACAACUAAUGGCCGACCAGAUGGCCCGACAUGCCCAGGGUCGAAUGGCCGAGCUUGAGCGAGACAUUCUGGCUCUCCGAGGUCAGUACGAUCAGGAUCAGCUCAUGCUGGAGCAGUACGAUGGUCGAGUAAAGGCUCUGGAGGCUGAGCUGAAUCAGCUGCAGCAGACUGCUCAUCAGAGCGCCCAGGCCAAGGAUGAUCUGAUUGAAUCUCUUCAGCAGCAGAUCACCAUGUGGCGGCAAAAGUACGAGACUCUGGCCAAACGGUACUCGUCCAUGCGAGAGGAAUAUCUUGCCUUGCUCAAGAAGCUCAAGGCUACCCAACAGAAGGCUGCGUCAGCUAAGGAAGCCAUUGAGAAGGCUGAGAAGCUGGAGCGAGACAUGCGACACAAGAACAUUGAGCUUGCUGAUCUCAUCAAGGAGCGAGAUCGAGCUCGAUAUGAUCUUGACCGUGCCAAGGGUGGCAACAAGGAGGACGUGGAGCGUCUGGAACGAGAGCUUCGAAUGGCCCAGGACAAGCUGGCCGAUAAGGACCGAUCUACCGGUGCUGAUCUGUCUCUUCUUUUGUCGAAGCAUAACCGAGAGCUUUCAGAGCUUGAGAAUGCUUUGAAGAUGAAGCAGCGGGCUCUGGACGAGCGAGGAGAUGACUCUGAUCUGUUGAGACGACUGGAAGAGAAGGAGAUUGAGUACGAGGCUCUCAACGAAGCCUUCAACUCGCUGGCUCUGCACCAGGAGCAGCAGGGCAACAACAGCAACGGUGGAUCCACUCCCCUGGCUGCUUUGCAUUCUAUCAUUGAUGCUCUUCUAGAGUCCGGUUCCCAGCGUGUUCAGGACGCUCUCUUCGAGCUCGAGUCGCCUAUGCAGGCCGGUAACCAGAACUCGACUCCCGAGUAUCUCUUGUCUGUCAUCGAGAAGGCGUCCGAGUCUGCUUCCGCCUUUGCCACGUCGUUCAACAACUUCUUGGCCGACGAAACCGAUGGCGACUACGCCGAGAUCAUCAAGACCGUCAACAUCUACUCUACUGCUGUGGAGAAUGUUCUGUCCAACUCCAAGGGUCUCACUCGUCUGGCCAAGGACGAUGCUUCUGCCGACGCCCUUGUCAACUUUGCUCGUGAGUCUGCCGAGGCCACAGAGCGAAACUUUAUUGGUCUUCUGUCUGAGAUCAUUGAGGAUUUCCCUCUGGAUGACAAGAUGGAGCGGGUCAUCACUCUCAACAUGAACGUGCAGACUGCUCUUCAGCACCUCACCAAGCUGGCCGAGCGAAUGGCCCCCAAGACCAACAUCAACAUGUCUGGUGAUCUGGGCGACCUCGUUGAGCGAGAGAUGGCCAAGGCUGCUGAUGCCAUUGCUGCUGCUUCUGCUAAGCUUGGCGAUCUGCUCAAGUUUAACCAGUCCGACCCUCUCAAGUCGACCACCGACCUGCAGCUGCACGAGGCUGCCAUCCAGGCUGCCCAGGCCGUCAUCAACGCCAUUGCUGCGCUGAUUCGAGCUGCCACCGAUGCCCAGAACGAGAUUGUAGCCCAGGGACGAGGUACUUCUUCUCGAGCACAGUUCUACAAGAAGAACAACAAAUGGACCGAGGGUCUUAUUUCCGCGGCCAAGAGUGUAGCUGCAUCGACCAACAUUCUCAUCGAGAAGGCCGACGGCACUCUCCGACGAACCUCUGGUCUCGAGGAGCUCAUUGUGGCUUCCAACAACGUCGCUGCUUCCACUGCUCAGCUGGUUGCUGCCUCUCGAGUAAAGGCUACCUUCAUGUCCAAGACCCAGGACAAGCUGGAAGAGUGUUCAAAGGUGGUUACUUCCGCCUGCCGAAACCUCGUCAAGCAGGUGCAGGAAAUUCUCAACAAGAAGUUUGGCGAGCUGGACGAAAAGGUAGACUACGCUGCCCUCUCCAAGCACGAGUUCAAGACGACCGAAAUGGAACAGCAGGUCGAAAUUCUCAAGCUCGAAAACGAUCUGCAGGGCGCCCGAAAGCGACUUGGACAGAUGCGAAAGGUCGCCUACCUGCAUCAGGACGAGGAGGAGUCCAUUCCUGGCCAGGAGGACUAA